CAAAAGAAUCGGAGCAAAGAUGGAUUCCUAAGAAAUUUUUAUACAAAGCAGUCAUUCGACUUUGGAUUUUCUUCGCUAAAAUUUCCUUGAAACGUUCGAGAUUAUUCUUAUAUGACCAACUCUGCCGUGUGAACGAUGAUCGUGCAGGAGCCAGUACAGGCAGCCAUAUGGCAUUGUUUAAACCAUUAUGCUUAUCCGGAUGCUAUAUUCCUAGCAGAGAGAUUGUGUGCAGAAGUUGACACGGAAGAAACAUUAUUCCUUUUGGCAACUUGUUAUUAUCGAUCGGGACGAGUUAGACAAGCAUAUUCAUUACUAUCAAAAAAAGCACCAAAUUCUGCACAAUGCAGAUUCCUUUUAGCCAAAUGUUGUUACGAUUUAGAAAAAUACGCAGAGGCAGAAGCAGCUAUAAUUGGUGGAUACUACAAGCAGAUGAAGAAUUUGGAAGAGGUAGCUACUCAAUUUGGGGAGCAUGCUUGCUUCUCGCUUCAGAUUAUAGCUAAAAUUUAUUACAAAAUGAUGCGUACAUCGAAAGGGAAUGAUGCGCAUAAACUGGCUUUGAAGUUAAACCCGUUUCUCUGGCAUUCAUUUGAAGAGUUGUGUAAUGUCGGCGAAGUGGUGGAUCCCACAAAAAUAUUUCAAUUAGAUAAGUUAGACAAUUUUGCGAUGUGCCAUGGCAGCACUCCCACCCCGACUUACACAGUUGAGUCCGAUCUCAUUGUACCUACGAAUAAUUCAAACGGCACACCUACUACGAAUGGCACGAAUAUUACCCCUGCACAAAUCACGACGACAUCGACCAUAAUGAAUGGUAUGGGACCUGGUAUUCGGUUGUAUUCCUCGGUAGACGAAAGUCCACAGAAUUUGCCUACGCAUUAUAGUAAUUGUUCUUCGAUAUCACCAAGAGCUAAACUUCCACGGUAUCGUAGUAUGUUCAAUAAUACAAUGAGCCCUCUUACUCCAAGCUUUGGUAUUUUACCAUUGGAAAGCAAUACACCUGAACCGACAGUUUUACCUUCGCAUACUACUCUUACAGAAGCUAACGAUCAGAAGAGUUUAGCGAAACGCGUCAGUAGCUUGAGGGCUCACGUAGGGCAAGGAAAACCGGUAUUUUCGCAAUCGGGAAAUACGAGUAAUAGCGCUAAUAUCGUAACAGUUACACCUACCACUCCAACACCUGCACCACCAACGCUGCAAGGUACAAACGUUAGACGUUCGUCGAGGCUCUUUAGCCAUAGCUACUCGGUCAAGGAAAACAAUAAAUCUCCGAAUAGAAAUAAAUUUGCUACCCCUAAAUCUCCAUCGCGGAAGACGAAAACUCGGCUCUCCAAGACGAAUUUGAAUAAAGCUAAUUUUAACGAGUUAAAUGAGAGAAAUAGAAACGAGAAAGAGAAAAGUGAAACGAUCACGUCCGAAAAAGCUGUAGCUUGCGUAAACGCAUUGAACAACCAAAGUAAUGUUAACGUUUCUGCGAUAAUACUUCAGAAACAAUGCGCAGAAGGUUUAAUGUCGCUGCUGCAGAAAUUAGGGUUGGCAUAUCAAUUUUUAAAUCAAUACAAAUGUACCCAAGCUAUUGAAAUACUAAGUGGUCUUCCGGUACAUCAUUACAACACAGGAUGGGUAUUAUCCAUGUUGGCUCGUGCGCAUUUUGAAAUGGUAGAUUAUAAGAAAGCUGCUAGUUUUUUCGCUGAAGUGAGACAGUUGGAACCACAGAGGACGGAACUUAUGGAAAUUUAUAGUACAGUUUUAUGGCAUUUACACGCUGAAGUACAGCUCUCGACUCUCGCACAGGAACUCGUUUCCGAAGAUCGUAACUCGCCGGCUGCAUGGUGCGCUACUGGAAACCUGUUCUCAGCGCAAACUGAACACGAAACGGCGAUCAAAUUCUUUCAAAGAGCUAUUCAAGUAGAUCCUAAUUUUCCAUAUGCCUAUACACUCCUUGGUCACGAAUAUGUCCUGACAGAGGAAUUGGAUAAGGCAAUUACUGCAUUUCGUAACGCCAUCAGACUAGAUUCUAGACAUUAUAAUGCAUGGUUUGGAUUAGGAACAAUAUUUUCCAAACAGGAGCAAUAUAGCCUCGCAGAAUUGCAUUUUCAACGUGCUUUACAAAUAAAUCCACAUAAUUCAGCGAUAAUGUGUCACAUCGGUGUCGUGCAACAUGCAUUGAAGAAAACUGAUCAAGCUUUAAACACUUUGAACACUGCUAUCACGAAUGACCCUGAUAAUAAAUUGUGUAAAUUCCAUCGCGCGAGUAUUAACUUUUCGAUUGGACGGCAUGCGGAAGCGCUUAGGGAAUUCGAAGAAUUGAAAAAUAUUGUACCCAAAGAAUCUCUAGUCUAUUAUUCGAUAGGAAAAGUACAUAAAAAACUGGGUAACACCGAUCUUGCACUAAUGUACUUUAGUUGGGCGACAGACUUAGAUCCAAAGGGUGUUAACAGCCAAAUUAAAGAAGCUAUAUUGAGUCCAGGUCAGGGAGACGAAGAAUCUCCUGCGACUCAGUCUGAUGAACAGCAGAUGCAGAAUAAUUCGAUGGAACAAGAAAUCGAAACGAAUAGAGAAGGAAGUGCCGCGGGCUUGGCCUCAAACGUCUCGGUCGAAGCUCACGCUGAUGACAGCGACGAUAGUUUAUGAAGAUACCCUAUUGUCUGCAAGAUUGCUAUAAAAUGAUUACUGCGCGUGUUGCUAUUUAACUUUUGUAUUGAUCGGCACGAUCAAUUUUUUCAAUUAACUUAGCUCGUUACGAAUUCAUACUUUCGUGCACUCGUCAUGUGAGAGCAGUGCUCGGACGUGUACAUCUAUCAGUUUCUUAACAUAGUUGCUUGCUCUCCCAUUUCGGGGAACUAAAACGAGAAAUUGUGUCUCUUUAAUUCUUUGGAUCGUAGCCCAAUUCAUUUUUUAAUUGUGUCCAUCGAAAGGAAUGAUUUUCGAACGAUCAAGACAUUCUCCAAAAGGAUAGAGAAGGAGAAUACAUACGUAUAUAUAUAUAUAUAAUAAGAGAAUGAUAUAAAUUCCGCAAUAUCUUCUUCAUCGGUUUUGUACAUUACGCGUUUCACUGUAUAUUUUUUACAAUUACUUCUCUUACUUUUAUACAUACAUAUGUUCGAGUGUUUAAUCACUUUUGUUAAGGAUUUACGGUUGAGUACAGACUGUAUCGAGUUGAGUUUAUGAGCGAGUGUAAACGUAAGCAUGCCCGUAAAUAGAUAGGAAAGAUAAUUAAUUAACUGAGUAAAAUAAGUAUAUAAGAGGAAGUGUAAAUGUAAAUUAUUAUUAUUAAUUAUUAUUAUUAUUAUUACUAUAUUAUCAAUAUUAUUACCGUUAGCGUACUAUUAUUCGUACAACUAUCAUUGCUAAUUUAGUAAUCACAAACGAACAGAAGAAGAAAAGGAAGGAAAAUGAAAAACAAUAUUUUUGGCCACGUGUUCGUGGUUGUUGGACGAUCGUGCAAUCCUCGUCGUGAAUGAUAGUCAUCAGUGGAUCGGUCCUUUCGUGCUCGAAGUAUCCGAAGAAGGGAUACGGACGAUUUCAAUUAUCCGAAUUCGGGCGAAUCGAAAUUUAUCCGUGAACGCGAGGUAAUCUUGAAAAGGUCUGUCUCGUAUAUUCAUCAACGAAAAAACUCGGUUAUUGUUCUGAAUAAAUUGUACGUACUAUGAUCACGAGCUCGCCGCACAGUGCAGUAUUAAUUUUUUCAUUCCGACGUGCCUUAAAUACUGUCCAACACACUAUAAAUUUUCUUGCUUGCAUCACUGCGGGUUCGAUUCGACUCGUCUUCAUUAUCUCGGCCAAACGUAUUACCAUGCAUUGUUAUACACUUACAUACUUUGAUGCACGUCGCAUGAUCUUAUUAACGAUUGUUUUAUUCAGAACGAUAAACUGGGUGGAUUCGAUACGAAUCGUUGUAAUAGAUCUGUAGGGGCCUUGUUCGAUUACUUAACUAGGUGUAUCGCGACAAGAUUCUCUUUAUCACGAUUAAUGAUUACGCGCCACAACGUUCUCUAAUGUUCGCAAGAAAAAAAAAGUAAAAUUGUGCCCUGUAUUCGGCGUGAUAUAUAAUAAUAUGCGUUAUCGUGUUAUCAGAUUCUACGUAAAGAGAAAGGUAUACAUUCUAAUGAUGGAAAUGAUUUACGAUCUACGUGCUGCAUGAAAUACUGCACGAAACAAGAAAUGUCGUAGCAUUUUAUAUUGUAUACAUUCGAAGGAAAACGAAAGGGGGAGAGAAUGGAAGAAGGAGAAAGGAAGAAAAGAGAAAGAGAGAAAUAAUAGACAUAUUUAGACGAACUGCCGACUGAAAAAUCUGUACAUAUAUAAUAUAUAAGCAUACGUAUAUGUGAUACGGCAUCUCGUCCCUCUUUAUUUUUUGAUUUUGAGCGCUUCCCGAUUGUAUUAAAACCCGCGGAUAUUGUUUGCAAGCAUUUCACAAAAUGAUUGAUUUGCUCACUUUUUGAUCUAUUGCAUGCGAGGGAUUAAUUAUUCAACUGAAUCGAAAGAGAUCGUUUUUCUUUUAUUUGUUAAUCAUGUCUGUGUAAAACGUUUGAGAAUCGCUAUAUACAAGGAAAUAAGGAAGCGAAAUUAUUUAAUCUCUAUAUUUAUUUUUUCUUGUUACAUGAGUUUUAAAAAUCAAUUACAAAAAGAUUUUUCGCAUGCAAGCUUAAACCAAAGAAAACAAUUUUAACUCAUCUAUUAUUGACCGCUUCGACAAAUCUGCGGGUUUCGAAUCGCGGUGCACUUUUCAAUUUCUUUUUGUUCUUCUUGAUCCUAACAAUUUUUCUUCAUCGUUUAAUUAUAGGUAUUUAUUUAUUCAUUCUUUUUUUCGCACCUGAUGAACGAAAGUAACACGGCUCCUGAUACAAAUAAAAAAUUCCUCUCUCGUUAA